AUGGCCGCGAGCCGGGCGAGCCGAUCGGGUCUCGGAGGGGGUGAUCAAGAGGGCAUUCCGCAGAAGGUGGCGGCGAUCUUGGGCCUCGUGCUCCUGUCGCGCCUGGGCGUCUAUGUGCCGGUGCCCGGCGUGGACACGGAGGCCUUCUCGGAGGCGUUGAAGCAGGGGGCCGGGGCGCUCGGGUACGUGGACGCGCUGACGGGCGGGUCGAUCAGCCGCGUGUCCAUCUUCUCGCUGGGGAUCAUCCCCUACAUCAACGCCUCGAUCGUCUUCCAGCUCAUGGCGUCGGUGAUCCCGUCGCUCAAGCAGCUCCAGCGCGAGGAGGGCCCCCAGGGCCGCGCCAAAUUCAAGCUGUACCAGAAGCUGGCCGCACUCGCGUUUGCCUUCCUCCAGGCCUUUGGGCAGCUCAACUACUGCCGGCCCUUCGUGGACGACUUCAGCACACAGUGGCUGCUGGAGAACAGUUUCGUGUUGGCGGCGGGCGCGAUGUGUCUGACGUUCAUCGCGGACGAGAUUGACAAGAAGAAGCUGGGCAACGGCACGUCGAUCCUCAUCUUCGCCAACAUCGUGAGCGCGCUGCCGUCGUCGCUGGGAUCCACGCUGGCGCAGGUGCAGGAGCGCGGCGACUACGGGUCGCUCGGGGUCUUCGGCGGCGCGUUCCUUCUCACGUGCCUCGGCAUCGUGUACGUCCAGGAGGCGGAGCGCAAGAUCCCCAUCAACUACGCCAACAGGUUCAAGGCGGGCGCGUUGGCGCGUUCGGCGUACCUGCCCUUCAAGGUCAACGCCACGGGGGUCAUGCCCGUCAUCUUCUCGACGUCGCUGCUCGCUCUCCCCGCCACGCUCUCGCGGUUCACCACGGUGCCGGCGCUGCAGGAGUUUGCGGCGGCGAUGAGUCCCGCGGGGUCCCUGUACGUCCCCGCGAACGUCUUCUUCAUCGUCCUCUUCAACUACUUCUACACCUUCCUCCAGUUCGAGCCCAAGGACGUCGCCGACAACCUCAAGAAGCAGGGUGCGUCGCUCGCGGGCGUCCGGCCGGGCCGCCAGACCGCCGACUUCAUCACGGACACGCUGGCCCGCAUGUCAGUCCUGGGGUCGGUCUUCCUGGGCGUGCUGGCGUCCGCCCCCGCGGUGGUGGAGGCCUUCACCGACCUGCAGGCCUUCCGCGGGUUCGCGGGCACGUCGGUGCUGAUCCUCGUGGGCGUGGCCACGGACAGCGCGCGCAAGGUGCGUGCCGAGAAGAUCAUGGAGCAGUACCGGGACGUGGAGGACUUCUACUCGGGAGGAGGGGGGUCCAGGUCGUCGUGA